GACUUAUUCGUAUGUGCGUACUAGGUCUAGUGUGUGUACAUAAACAUCCCAACACACAAAAGGCUGUCUCUCUUUCUCUCUCUCUCCCUCCCUCUUUAUAAUCUUUGCAGAAGCCUUUGAAGAUCUGAGAGCCAAAAAGACAAUGGAUGAAAGUCAAGAACUUGCUUUGACCCAGUUGAGAACAUUGGUCGAGAAACUCUCUUCUUCCACAGAGGGAUAUGAGAAACUGACGUUGAUGAGGUUCUUGGUGGCAAGAUCAAUGAACCCUGACAAGGCAGCAAAGAUGUUUGUAGAUUGUCAAAAAUGGAGAGCCUCCAUGGUUCCUCCAAAUGGGAUCCCAGACGAAGAAGUGAGGGAUGAGUUGGAGUUCGGAAAGAUCUGUCUUCAGGGUCCAACCAAAUCCGGACACCCUUUGGUGCUUGUCUUAUGCUCUAAGCAUUUUCCUGCCAAGAAUGCAGUGAACUUCAAGAAGUUUGUUGUUUAUGUACUAGACAAAACAAUUGCAAGUGGCAUCAAAGACAAAGAAGUAGGAGAUGAGAAGUUAGUAGCCGUUUUCGAUCUUGCAAACAUUACUUACAAGAACCUUGAUGCUCGUGGACUAAUCACCAGCUUUCAAUUCUUACAAUCUUACUACCCGGAACGCCUUGCAAAAUGCUACAUGUUGCAUAUGCCUGGAUUCUUCGUGUCCGUUUGGAGAUUCGUCUGCCGUUUUCUAGAGAAAUCUACUCAAGAAAAGAUUGUGAUAGUAACGGAUGGAGAAGAAGAGAUAAAGUUCAAGGAGGAGAUCGGAGUAGAUGCCUUGCCGGAAGAAUACCGUGGCCGAGCUAAGCUCACACUAAUCCAAGAUGUUCUUCUUCCUAAGACUGCCCCAGAAAUGUGAUGUGAACAAGCAAAAAAUAAUCAUGUUUUUAACUCUUCUUGGGAGCAAUUAUUAAUUUCAGUACUGCUUUAACUCUUUUUGUUCUGUAAUGACUAGAACAAAAAUAUCGUUACAACUUUUCAACUA